CAUUCAGAAGAUGGUGACCAAGAAGACAGAGCCGGUCACCGUCAUCAGCCUUCGGAAGCUGAGCCUGGGGACCCCAGAACCACAGCCAAAAGAGUCAAAGACCUUCACCGUGGAAGAUGCCGUGGAGACCAUCGGAUUCGGACGUUUCCACAUUGCCCUGUUUCUGAUCAUGGGCAGCACUGGGGUUGCCGAGGCCAUGGAGAUCAUGUUAAUAGCGGUUGUGUCUCCUGUCAUCCGCUGUGAAUGGCAUCUGGAGAACUGGCAGGUAGCAUUAGUGACCACGAUGGUGUUUUUCGGCUACAUGGUAUUCAGCAUCCUUUUUGGCCUUCUGGCUGACAGAUACGGCCGCUGGAAGAUUUUGUUCAUCUCGUUCCUGUGGGGAGCCUACUUCUCCUUGCUGACCUCUUUCUCCCCCUCGUACAUCUGGUUCGUCUUCCUGCGGACGAUGGUGGGCUGUGGCGUGUCUGGCCAUGCACAAGGGCUAAUCAUAAAGACUGAAUUUUUGCCUACAAAAUAUCGAGGCUUUAUGCUUCCCUUGUCUCAGGUUUUCUGGCUGGCUGGCUCUCUGCUUAUCAUCGGCCUGGCCUCAGUGGUCAUUCCCACCAUCGGGUGGCGAUGGCUCAUCCGCAUCGCCUCCAUCCCUGGUAUCAUCCUCAUCCUGGCCUUCAAGUUUAUUCCUGAAUCUGCUCGCUUCAAUGUCUCCACCGGGAACACUCAGGCUGCCCUGGCUACGCUGGAGCGCAUCGCCAAAAUGAACCGCUCUGUCCUGCCAGAGGGGAAGCUGGUGGAGCCCAUCCUGGAAAAAAGAGGAAGAUUUGCAGACCUGUUGGAUGCUAAAUAUUUGCGGACCACAUUACAGAUCUGGGUCAUAUGGCUGGGGAUCUCUUUCGCCUACUACGGGGUCAUCCUGGCCAGCGCGGAGCUGCUGGAGCGGGACUUGGUCUGUGGUUCGCGGGCUGAGUCCGCGGCGGCAGUGACCGCGGAGGCCGCCGGGGGGAGCCAGAGCCCCUGCUACUGCCACCUGUUCGCCCCCUCCGACUACAGGACCAUGAUCAUCAGCACCGUGGGCGAGAUCGCUCUGAAUCCUUUAAAUAUCCUGGGCAUCAAUUUCCUGGGCAGACGGCUGAGCCUUUCUAUUACCAUGGCAAGCACGGCUUUAUUCUUCCUUCUCCUCAAUAUUUGCACUUCAAGCGCCGGCCUGAUAGGCUUCCUCUUCGUGCUGCGGGCUCUGGUGGCAGCCAACUUCAACACCAUCUACAUUUACACCGCGGAGGUCUACCCUACGACGAUGCGAGCUUUGGGGAUGGGGACCAGCGGCUCCCUGUGUCGCAUUGGUGCAAUGGUGGCACCCUUUAUAUCCCAGGUCCUUAUGAAUGCCUCAAUCCUGGGGGCCCUGUGUCUCUUCUCAUCUGUCUGUGUCAUAUGUGCCAUUUCUGCAUUUACUCUCCCUAUUGAGACCAAAGGACGGGCCCUACAGCAAAUUAAAUGAAGACCUGCAAACUGAUGUCUACCAGAGAAGAAAAUUGCAUUUCACCUUCACAAAGAGCUGUGGCAUAUUGAAAAAACCUGAUUUAAUUUCUGUAUGUUACUUGGUAA